CCGCCGCCGCCAUGUUGAUAUGCAGCCUGUCCGCCGCCGCUGCCGCUGCCCGGAGGGGGAGGAGUUGGUGCCUGCGGGCAGCCGGGGCCCAGCUCACCUUCCCCGCGCACCGUCUGGCCCGGGGACAGGCCGGGGACGCGCUGACCGUCCGCAGCCAGCGGGCCGGCGUCAGGAACAUUGUGCUGAAUAACCCGAGGAAGCGGAAUGCCUUGUCACUGGCGAUGCUGGAAUCACUGCGCACAGACAUUCUACACGAAGCAGAAAGCCACGAUCUCCGGGUUAUAGUGAUAUCAGCUGAAGGACCCGUCUUCUGCUCCGGCCACGAUCUGAAGGAGCUGACGUCGACAAAAGGGGGCGACCACCAUGCCCGCGUCUUCACAGUCUGCUCUGAGGUGAUGAGCCUGCUUCAGGACAUCCCGGUGCCGGUAAUUGCCAAAGUCAACGGGCUGGCGACAGCAGCAGGCUGCCAGCUGGUGGCCAGCUGUGACAUGGCCGUGGUGUCGGACACGUCGCGGUUCGCCACGCCCGGCGUCACCGUCGGCCUCUUCUGCUCCACCCCAGCCGUGGCCCUGGGCCGAGCCGUCCCUCGCAAGCUUGCCCUGGAGAUGCUGUUCACCGGGGAGCCCAUCUCUGCCCAGGAUGCCCUGUGGCACGGGCUGGUGAGCAGAGUGGUGCCCGAGGACCGGCUGGACGAGGAGACGGCGAGGAUCGCCGGCCGGAUCUGCGCGGCGAGCAGGUCAGUCGUGGCUCUGGGCAAAGCGACGUUCUACAAGCAAAUGGCCCAGGACCGCAACCAAGCCUACCGGACCGCCUCGCAGGUGAUGGUGGACAACCUGGCCAUGACUGACGGCCAGGAAGGAAUCGAAGCCUUCUUUCAGAAGAGGAAACCGGUCUGGUCGCAUUCCCCCGGGCAACGCCACCAAUAAUCUGCUCUGGCAUUUAGGUGCGUGCAAAGAUCCGUCGAGUCCUUACCCUUCAGAUCUUGACGAACGGCCAAGAAAUUAUAUAUAGAUCUCUGUAAAUGUCCUAACGUGACAUUUGGACAUGUUGCAGCGAUACCCCGUGUAGAAUCUUUGUAAAUACAGAGUGACUUUAAUGUAAAUAAACGGAAACCUGACUUUCUGUAGAAAAA